CUGUCCAGCAGGCUUGUGCUCUCUGACCAGCAGAAGAGGCUGUUUGAGAAGCUUUCCAUGUACUGUGACAGAUAUGCCGAGCAGAUUCCCGUCACCUUCGUCCUGGGUUUUUACGUGACUCUGGUGGUGAAUCGAUGGUGGAAUCAGUUUGUUAACCUGCCCUGGCCCGACAGACUCAUGUUCCACAUCUCCAGCUGUGUUCAGGGCAAAGACGAGUAUGGCCGUCUGCUGCGUAGGACCCUGGUCCGCUACAUCAACCUCACCUCGCUCCUCAUUUUCCGCUCCGUCAGCACGGCCGUCUGCAAGCGCUUCCCCACCAUCGACCACGUGGUGGAGGCAGGUUUCAUGACUCCUGAGGAAAGAAAGGUGUUUGAGAACAUCCGCUCCCCUCACCUGAAGUACUGGAUCCCGGUUGUCUGGUUCUCCAACCUGGCCUCCAGAGCCCGGCAGGAGGGACGCAUCCAGAACAGCAUCGAUCUGCAGAAUAUUCUGAAUGAGAUGAAUCUGUUCAGGACGUGGUGUGCGACUCUUUUCGGCUACGACUGGGUGGGCAUCCCGCUGGUGUACACGCAGGUGGUCACUCUGGCCGUCUACACCUUCUUCUUCGCUUGUCUGAUUGGCCGGCAGUUCCUGGACCCCGCUCAGGGACACCCCGGCCACGACCUGGACCUCUACGUUCCCGUCUUCACUCUGCUGCAGUUUUUCUUCUAUUCGGGCUGGCUGAAGGUGGCAGAGCAGCUCAUCAACCCGUUUGGGGAGGAUGACGACGACUUUGAGGCAAACUGGAUCAUCGACAGGAACCUCCAGGUGUCUUUGCUAGCGGUGGAUGAGAUGCACAUGAACCUUCCUCACAUGACCAAAGACAUUUACUGGAACGACUGCGACGCCCGCCCGCCGUACACGCUGGCAGCCGCCGACUACUGCAUCCCCUCUUUCCUGGGCUCCACCACCGACAUGGGGCUCUCAGACAUCCUGCAGCUGGACGAGGGGGCUGUGUGUGACAGCUGUCCACGGCAGCCGGACGCUCACCUCAUCCGCCGGCAGGAGUCGGUUCUGGGUCGAGUCCGGCGCCUGCUUAGUGUCCAGGAGCCCCCGGACCUCCGGCACCCCCGACCCGUCUUCAAACGCCACAGCAGCGACGCCACCGGCAGCUUCUUCCCAGAACUCAGGACUAAUCCCGGUCAAGUGGAAGUGGCCCCACCCCCCUCCCUGGUGAUCCCCCCCACCUCCCUGGACACCUUGUCCACCUUAAGAGAAGUGAGCAGCAACCCUCCCUCCCCGGAGAGCUCGUCUUCUAUCGUCUUCCCUCAGCUGGUGGUCAGCCCGCCGCUGUCUGCCCAGGCUGACUCUUUGGGGAAGCAUCAGAACGGCCUAAAUCAGGAGCCCCCCCUCUUAGAGACCUCCAGCUUUUCCAGAACUGGCUCUGGCUGUUGCUCCCCCACUCAAAUGGGGCCCCGGGAGUUUCGCUGGACAGCUCUAAACGGUAAAGCCGGGCCCCCGGCCCGCCCCCGAGGGCGCCAGUUCUCCCUGCAGUUCUCCAGGCAGAGCUCCAAGGCCUCUGUCCGGAGCCUGCCCAGCCCCAAGGCCCUGGGCCGGAGGAGGAGGGGCCUGGGCCGGUCCCAGUCCCGCCGGGGCCCCCCCCCCGCCCCCGACACGCUGCAGCUGCCCCAGCCCGACUACAGCCACGACUUCCAGCCCACGCCGGGGAGCGAGGACGAGGAGGAGGAGGAGGAGGCUCAGGUCCACAAUACCAACUCCAGCUCGACCAGUUUGGAGAAGAAAUGA